AUGUUGUCUGUUUUUAAUGCCAGCAACGUUUCACAGGCUGACUCCCUCGAGGACAGUGGCAACUGGACGUGGGUGACCCAGUUCACUCAGCCAGGGUGGAGAAUUGCUUUGUGGGCUAUCACCUAUUCCUUCAUCGUUAUCACAUCCAUCGUUGGCAACGUCACCAUUAUCUGGAUUAUCCUUGCACACAGGAGAAUGAGGACCACUACCAACUACUUCAUCGUGAAUCUGGCUCUUUCGGAUCUGCUGAUGUCUGCUUUCAACACCAUCUUCAAUUUUAUUUAUGCCAGUCACAACGUCUGGUAUUUUGGCGAGGAAUUCUGCAGGUUUCAGAACUGGUUCCCCAUCACUGCAAUGUUUGUGAGCAUUUACUCCAUGACAGCCGUGGCUGCAGAGAGGUAUGUGGCAAUAAUUCACCCCUUCAAGCCCAGGCUCUCUGCUGCAAGCACCAGAGUCAUCAUUGGGAUAAUCUGGCUGGUGGCAUUUGGGUUGGCCUUCCCACAGUGCUUCUAUGCCGAGAUCCUGAUGGACAACGGAACCACGAAAUGCAUCGUGGUCUGGCCUGACGACGCUGGAUCCAAGCACCAGCUCACGUACCACAUUGCCGUGAUCGUGUUGAUUUAUUUGCUGCCUUUAAUGGUGAUGUUUGUUGCAUACAGCAUUAUAGGAAUCACUCUGUGGAGAAGUGCAGUUCCAGGCAACCACCUCCACCGAGUCCGCUACGAACACCAAGUUAAUGCCAAAAAAAAGUUUGUGAAGACCAUGGUGGUAGUGGUGAUCAUUUUUGCUGUCUGCUGGCUGCCCUACCACAUAUACUUCAUCCUGGGGAGCUUUAAGGAAGACAUCUACCAGCAAAAGUACAUUCAGCAGGUGUAUCUUGCAGUCUUCCUCCUUGCCAUGAGCUCUACCAUGUACAACCCCAUCAUAUACUGCUGCCUUAACCAGAGGUUUCGUUCCGGUUUCAAGUUGGCCUUCCGGUGGUGUCCGUGCAUAAAAGCAACUGAAAAAGACAAACUUAAACUUACGUCCCCAUCUCUUUACCAGACAACCCACAGGAAGUCAAGAACAAGCAGUUUUGACACAGGAACUCAGCUGAAUGAGAAAGAAAAGACAUCAUUUACCCUCGCCCAACUAAAGCUCUGAUUUCCUCCUCCUGGUUCUAGUUCUAUCCUCACACACCAUGUAAGGGCAGCAGAUUUGUAGAAGCCUAAGGUAGAUUUUUUUUCUGGAGCAACU